GGGGAGGAGGCCGCAGGAGGGAGGGAGUGGCAGGACCCCUUCCGCCCCGCCCCCGGCCGCCCCUGCUGUGUGGUUCUGCAGCUGCUGGGGCGGGUGCUGGGAAACCAGCUGCGGGUCGGGGAGGCGCAGCAGCUGGGGCCGGGAGCCAGCAGCUUCGAGGCGUUGGUGUGCGAGCUGCAGCUGUCACUGCUCAAGCACGAGGCGGGGCAGCUGGUGUGCCGGGGUGUGCAGGAUGUGGAGUUGGCGGUGCUAGCGUGCGCCAAGGUUCGCGAGCUGCUGCUGCGCUAUCACGGGCAGGACUCCUUCUGCGUGACCCUGCUGGAGGACUGGCAGCGGCAGCAGGACGAGUGGCCUGCCCCGGUGCUGCAGGGCGGCUGGCACCGCCUCUUCACACUGGUCGAGUCCACCAACCGCCCCCGCCUGGGCCACAUGCGCAUCAUCAUGCUCACCACCUCCCUGCACGGCGGCCGCAACGGCACCCGCGCUGUCACCCCCGCGGCGGUGACCACAACCGACACGCUGCAGCUGCUGCGGGCACUGAGCAGGGCGC